AUGUCAGACGGUGGGCAAGCCGACCUCCCACCGCCCACGUCCGGGGGUGUGGCCGCACCGGCCUUCCUUCACGAGCCACCGGUGCAGGUCGUGUUCUCCAACACGACCGGGGCUCUGGUCUCUUGCUCGGCGUCAGGCCAACCCCGACCCGUUAGGUGGACCAACGAGAGUGGCUCACCUGUCGAACAUAUUCCCGGUCUGCGCCGUGCUAGGCCGGACGGCACGCUGGAGUUUUUCCCAUUCCGCGGAGAGGACUACCGCCAGGAGGUUCAUGCAUCUCGGUACCGCUGCAGGGCCUCAAACACUCUCGGUUCUGUGUUCAGCCGAAGUGUCCACGUCAAAGCUGUGGUGCAGCAGCAGUACGAGAUUCGCGUCUACGACGACUUCGUAAUCCGCAUGAACACCGGCGUGCUUCGGUGCCACGUUCCAAACUACGUCCGAGAAUACGUCGUCGUGACGUCGUGGGUCCGCAGCGACGGCUUCAUCAUAUCUGUGCAAGCCAUUCCAGAUGAAAAUUCGAAGUACGUGGCGUUCACGACGGGCGAGCUGCACGUUCGUCGUGCAGGGCCUGAAGACAGCCACCACUCGUUCCAGUGCCAGACCAAGGACACGCUCACCGGUGCCGUGGUCAGCAGCAUCACGGCCGGAAAACUUGUGAUAACUGAGCCUCACUCCAGCAUUCCUGCCAAGGUUAUCCACGGGAGCCGACAGGUAGAAGGACCGCAAGGGUCAGCGCUGUUCGUGCCGUGCGAAGCCCAGGGCCACCCGCAGCCUUCGUAUCGCUGGUACCGUCAGUACGGUGCCAGACUGCGACCGCUGCUGCCUCUCACCGAUCCGGGCAUCGUGCUCGUAGGUGGCACCCUCGUGUUCCGUCGGGCGUCGGUCCAGGACAGCGCCACGUAUGUGUGCGUAGUCAGCAACGGAGCAGGUUCCGAGGAGAAGAACGAGAUACAAGUCCUCAUCACUGAACCUCUCGAAGUUCAAAUGUGGCCCAGAACCCGAGAGGUGCGCUCCGGCGACUCGGUCACCCUGAACUGCAGCGUGUCGGGAUUUCCUGUCCGGUCGGUCACGUGGUCCAAGGAUGGACGGCCAAUCGUAGGUCCCUCAGCCGCGGGUUCAUCGACAUCGGCAGGCAGCGGCAGUACUUCGGCACUGUCACGGCGCGUGCUAAUGCUGAACCGGUACGCGUUGAGGAUUCAGGCAGCACAGAGCGACGACUCGGGCGUAUACCAGUGCCACGCUGCGAACGAGAGGGACUCUGCGCAGGCGCAUGCCUACGUCCAUGUCAAGUCGGAACCACCAGUGCUGGUCUCACACUUCGACGAUAACGUUGUGCGACGAGACGAGCCGGUGUCCCUCCGAUGCGCCGCCACAGGAACACCGCUGCCCCAGAUAACGUGGUCCAUUUAUGACGUACAAGUGCAGGACUCCAGUCGAGUCCGUGUCGGUGACUACGUGAGCCGUGAUGGGUCCGUGAUCAGCUUCGUAAAUAUCACCAGGGUAAGGCCCGAAGAUGGCGGCGCCUACCGCUGCGAGGCGUCCAACGAACACGGCUCGGACGCGCACUCCGGUCGCCUGAACGUGCUCGGUCCGCCGGCGGUGCACACAAUGCCCAACCGCACCGUUGUGGCGGGAAGGAGGGCGAUGCUACAUUGCCCCUACUCUGGAUUUCCAGUGACGAGAGUAAUCUGGCGUAAAGACGGCAAAAGCUUGCCCAGCAGCAAACGCGUGAUGCCAUAUCAGAACGGAUCCCUCAUUCUGGAGACGGUGAGCCGCAAGGACGACGAGGGCCACUACUCCUGCACCGUGCGAAACGAACACGGCAGCGAAGCCCGGAACCACCUCUACCUUAGGGUUCUCGUUCCACCGUCGAUCACGCCCUUCUCCUUUCCGGAGAAACCUCAGCUGGGUUCCCGCGCCAGCGUUACAUGCAGCGUUCCCGACGGCGACCCACCCAUACGUCUGUCGUGGCUUCGCGACGGCGUGCCUUUGGACUCGUCCCCGUCUACCGGAAGGGAAGGCGUCUCCUUCGGUCACGUGGACGACUUCAUCUCCACACUUGUGUUCAAAUCCCUACGCGAAGAGCACACGGCCGUGUACACCUGCCUGGCGGCGAACGAAGCCGCCGCAGUAAACUACUCUGCGCCGCUUGUCGUAUACGCACCACCAAGAUGGCGACUGGAGCCCGCGGACACGACUGUGACAACCGGUGAGCGAGUGAUCCUGGACUGCCAGGCCGACGGUACCCCGGAACCCAGGGUUCGUUGGAAGAAGUCGGCAGGACCUCAGAGCACAGAAUUCCGCACCGUUAUCAGCAGCUCUCGCAUGCAAGCACUGGUGAACGGAUCCCUUGUGAUACAAGAAGUGGAGACCUCGGAUGCAGGCGGCUAUAUGUGCGAAGCCUCGAACGGCGUUGGCCUGCCCCUCUACACGGUCGUGCAGGUUAACGUACAUGCCCCAGCCAAAGUAAGGCAACGUUUCAUGUCCCACAUGGCUGGACGAGGACAAGUGGUGAAGCUGCGCUGCGAAGCCACGGGAGAUGAGCCCAUCAGCUUUUUUUGGUCAAAGGACAACAAACCGAUCAAGGCCUUCUCCAAUCCCAGGUACACUAUCAAAGACCACUCCCGCGAGGAGUCUCCCUGGUCCGAGCUGAUGAUACUGCUCGCCGAGAAGAACGACACAGGCACCGUCAAAUGCGAGGUGUCAAACGCCUACGGACACGACGAGCAGGUGACCCACCUCUCCAUACAAGACAGGCCCGAUGAGCCCCCCCGACCGGAAGCGCUGAACGUGCUCAGCCGGUCUGUGACUAUCUUGUGGAAAAGUCCUAAUGACGGGAACUCGCCCAUCACCAAGUACAUCGUGCAGUACAAGAGGAGCAUUGAGUCAUGGGAGAAGCAACUCAGCGAAAUGGUUGCCGAGGCAGACCAGAGCCAGGUGACUGUGCAAGAUCUGCAUCCACUCACCGAAUACAACUUUCGAGUACUCGCUGAGAACGUCAUCGGUAUCGGGCCACCAAGUGAGGCGUUGACCGUCAUCACCGAUGGAGAAGUACCUGCAACUCCUCCACAAAGCGUGAAGGUGACCGCAGUCAGCUCAAGAAAAGUAGAAGUUUCAUGGAAGCCGCCGCCAGUGCACCUGCAGUAUGGUGAAAUCCAAGGAUAUUAUGUGGGCUACCGUGUGCACGGUUCCACCGAGCCGUACGUCUUCAAGACUGUCACAGGAUCUUCAUCUUCGCCUGGCAACCCGUUCACGCGAUGUGUUGUGGAUAACCUACAGCGGGCCACUGCCUACGCCGUGGUGGUGCAAGCCUACAACGACAAAGGAGCGGGUCCUCUCUCCGACGAGAUCAUGGUGCAGACGCACGAGCAAGAUCCACCCCCACCGCCCCUUGUGACCGUGACGUCUAGAUCGAAAGAUUCAAUCGAACUUUCCUGGACGCCACAAGACGAGGGAAAAGAAGUCGUCGAAGGCUACGUUGCCCGCUACCGCACACAGGAAGGACUCGAGUGGAGCGAAGUUUCUAUAACUCCCGACAAGGGCAGCUACCUCUUUGAAGGCUUGCAGUGUGGCAGCACCUAUUCACUGUCUGUGCUCAGCUUCAACCGCAACGGACGCAGCGAACCCGAAGAGUUGCUGCAAGUCAAAACGGAGGGAACAGCACCCCAGGCUCCCUCACCAAAGGCGGCCGUACUACCCAACGUGACCAGUCUUGGCUUGGUGCUGGCCGCCUGGCGUGAUGGUGGUUGCCCCAUUAGCCACUUCCUCGUUCAGUACCGGCCACGUGACGAACUAGACUGGACGCUGCUGUCGUCGCGAGUGCUCCCCGACCGAGACGUUGUGAUCCUCGGUGACUUGGCGCCUGGAACUUGGUACCAGGUCCUCGUGGUCGCCUACAACAGCGCAGGCUCCACCAAAGCCGAGUACACCGUCGCCACGCUGACGCUUGCAGGAAAUCCCUUGGAGCCGGACAAAAUAUCUGAGGCUGGACGGGACAGCGGCAGUCCGCGGUAUCGCAGCUUGUCCAUCAUCGUGCCGAUCUGCUGCUCCAUCAUUGUCCUUAUGGCCGUCACUGUGGCCAUCAUGGUGCUUGUUUGCAGAAGGAGGUCUUCUGGGACCCCUCCAUCAGCCAUCAGCACUUAUGAAGGCAUGCAUAUUUACUGUUCUGUUCAUCGUUUCGUAUACGCGCAUAAAAACGCUAGAAAACAGUGAUGUACCAGAUGGUUCAUAUCUAAAAUAAUUAACUGGUUAGCAUGCAGCGUAGUAGUUGUAAAGUGUAGUUAUUCACUGUACUUUAAAGUAGGACCCAAACGCAUGCGAAUGCGAACCCAUCAGAAUACAUAAAAUGAAAACUAUCUUAAUAAUAAAUGUGUUGACAACGGCGGUGACCGAAACGACAGAACAAAAUUUAACAAGCGCAAACAAUAGAAUAU